GCGACGAACAGCUGAUUUGUUUUUUUUUUCUCGACUGUGGGACGAAACUGUGGUUAUCAAAGAUUUCUGGCGUAAUUUGAUGGUGAAUUCUAAAACAUAAAUUAAAUUAAUCUCUACACACCAGGACCAAACUAUUGUUGUAAUUCACCAAGUGAUACUAUUCUGGUUGGUAUCCCACUUCCCCAACAUUGAAUACUUUUACAUAAGAUGUUAGCAGGCUUCUAAUAUCUGCCGCUUUUGAAACUCAAAAAUGUUUGGUGACCUCAUAAGCAGCUUGUCAACAAAUCCCUAUUUUGGGGCUGGCUUUGGCCUCUUUGGUGUGGGAGCUGGGGCUGCAAUUCUUCGCAAAGGUCUACAAGGCGGCUUAAUUCUUUUUAGGCGUCAUCUUAUGAUUACCUUAGAAGUUCCUUGCCGAGAUAAAUCGUAUCAGUGGCUAUUGCAAUGGAUUACGGCUCGAGCUGCUCGUGACACACAGCAUUUGAGUGUGGAAACUUCAUUUGUUCAAAAGGAAACUGGAAAAAUAAAAACCAAAUAUGACUUCAUACCAAGUAUUGGCAAGCAUUUAAUGCGCUAUGAAGGCGUUUGGAUUCAAAUCGAACGCACAAGAGAACAACAGACUUUGGAUCUGCAUAUGGGUGUUCCCUGGGAGUCGGUUACCUUAACGGCGUUUGGAAGAAAUAAGCAAUUGUACUUUAAUAUGUUGGAGGAGGCUCGUUUGUUUGCUUUGCAAGCCACAGAAGGCAAAACCAUAAUGUACACUGCCAUGGGUGCUGAAUGGCGACCAUUUGGACAUCCUCGCCGAAGACGUCCUUUGACUUCGGUCGUUUUGGAUACAAGCAUAUCAGAGCGUAUAGUAAGCGAUUGCAAAGAAUUCAUUAACAACUCGCAAUGGUAUGCCGAUAGAGGAAUUCCCUAUAGAAGGGGCUAUCUGCUGCAUGGUCCUCCGGGCUGUGGAAAAUCGAGUUUUAUUACAGCUUUGGCUGGGGAGCUGGAGUAUGGAAUUUGUCUUUUGAAUUUGUCUGAGCGAGGUUUAACAGACGAUCGGCUAAAUCACUUACUUAAUGUAGCGCCCGAGCAAUCCAUUAUUCUAUUGGAGGACAUUGAUGCUGCCUUCGCUUCCCGAGAAGAAGUUGCGCAACAAAAAUCGGCAUAUGAGGGCCUAAAUCGAGUUACCUUUAGUGGAUUAUUGAACUGUUUGGAUGGUGUGGCCUCAACUGAAGCACGUAUUGUCUUUAUGACCACCAAUUAUAUUGAUCGAUUAGAUCCCGCUUUGAUAAGACCUGGACGCGUCGAUGUUCAGGAAUAUGUAGGCUACUGUUCAAGGUUCCAGUUAAUCGAAAUGUUUAAUCGAUUUUAUCAGCAUGAUAAUAUAAGUCAAGCAAGUGCAGAGAAAUUUGCUGAAUCCAUUAUGAGGGAGGGCAAAGAUGUUAGUCCUGCCCAGAUACAAGGUUAUUUUAUGAGACAUAAAAUGUCAUCUUACACAACGGUUAUUGAAAAUGUUAAACAAAUUUGGAAUAGUGGUAUAAGUAGAUAGUAAUUGUAAGAGUCAAAAGUUUUUGUUGUUAAAUAAAAAGUCGUAAAAUUUA